AUGGGUGCCCGGGCGCCCAUGAGCACCAGGUUGGGGGGCCCUUCUCUAGUGAAUGCCCAAAAUGAUUCUAUUUACAAUAUGAGCCAUGCCAAAGGAAUACCAGAGCUACCCCCUUUGCCCGGCAUAUCGUCUGAAGAUCCUUCUGAACUAUAUCAGCUGAUCCAAAGGAGCAGUUAUUACCCUUCGCUGAUGCAAAGAGCAUCCUGGACGCUGGCGGCCCCGUUUAAAGAGCAGCGCUAUUUCCGAAGCCCCAGCGACUCCAUCGCCAAUAACUACACCCUUACCGCCCGCAACCUGAAGAUGAAAGAUCUACAGAAGAUCCCUUCAGUCCUCAGGCCAAGGAAGCCCUCGGGGUCAAGCAAACAGAGGGCAGAGUCUCCACGUAUCCUGCAAAUGGGCGGAGCCCCCUCAGUAUCAGAACUGGAGGUGCCACAGGGGCAUCAUAAAAUCCCAGAAUUAAGAGAUAUAUACUAUUCUGACAAACAGCCUCUGACUCCAGAAGAACAGCUGGUUGUGAUGCUCCGGAACGAGGAAGAGGUCAACAAACAGGAGAGUCCUCCCUCGAACAGCGAUCUUGAAAGGUACUGUUAUUACAUACACAAAGGCAUUCGGGAAGACAUGCUGGCGCCGCAACCGAAAGAAGUGAUGGAAAGUAUUUUGGAGCACAUCCCAAGCCCUUUUCUCACCAACCCAAAUCUGGAGUCGCUGCUGGGCAGUUUAACCGAAGAGAUUCAGGAUGAUUAUCACAUCUGGCUCAUGAAAAAUGUCGUCGAUUAUAUAUUGAAGGAUCCAGACGAGAGGAAAAGGCUCUUCAUCCACAGCAUCCCCCGCCCUUUCCCUCGACGAGUGAUUCGUGCCCCUGUCCCAUGGCACGAUGCUUACCAAGAAAUAAAAAGCUGGAACCAAGAGCACCUCUUCACUGUGAACCCCAUGAUGCUCACUUUACAACACCUCUGGUUUACAGAAUUUAACGAACUGAGGUUUGUUCGUACCAAGGAGAUUCUUGAAGGUGAUUUGCCGCUACUGCCCGGUGAAUUUGAAGAAUUAAUCCGCAAUCACUGUCGGCAAGCCCAUGAGAUUCUUCUGAACAGGUGGAUCCCGACGUGUGUGGAUCUCUUUAUUGAACAGAAGGACAACUGGCUUCAUUUUGCUCCCCGGAAUGACUUUGAGUCUUCUCAGCUAAUAGAAGAAUAUUUUGCUUCAGUAGCAAUCCUGAUGUCCUUGCAGCUUCGGGAGAUGGUCAUUAACUCAUUAGAAGAUCUCCUUACUUUUUUUAGGAUACACAAGGAUGGAAACGACUUUGGGGAAACCUAUCACGAAAUGCUGUUUUUCAUACCGCAAGUGCUCGUCAUCAAGCUGGAGGUGGAAGAACCUUCCAUUGUGUUUCAGCCUCGUAUGAAAGAUUGCUGGAAUUUAAUCUGUCGCUGCUUCAUGGAGAUCCUAAAGAAUUCUGAGGGUCUGCCAAAGGUUCAAGUUAAGCUUUUCCCAGAAUUAAAAGGGGACGACCUAACUCUCCGUACUGUCCAAGAAGAUGAAUCUUUGGUUGGAGAAUUCUUGGGCAAAAUGGCUGAGAUCUUUGACCGCAACAUAGUUGGUCCACAAAAAUACCUCAAUGUGUACCGGAAGUACAGCGAUCUCUUGAAUAACAAUGCAGAACAAGAUGUGACUGACUUUUUAAGCAAAAAACACGAUCUAGAUGAUUUUGUGGAGAAGAUUGACGGCUUGACCAAACUGAAGAAGGAAAUUGCCUCCAUGCACGUCACGGUCCCUCUGGCCAUGUUCUGCCUGGACGCCUCAGAACUGAACGAGGACCUUUGCUGCCGGACUCAGAAGCUGAAGGACCGGCUGAUUCAGUUCGAGGUCGAGGAAAACCGGGAACUGAACCGGAGCAUUUGCAACCAGUACAACAUAAUUGCAGACAAAGUCACUGAAGUGCCUUUGACCACAGAAGAGCUUGUUCAGCUUACGGCGUACUUGAAAAAAUCCAGCGAAGUUACCGUCUUCAAGCUUCGGCGUGAAAUCCGAGAGGCGAUCUACAGGCUCGAAUUCCUGAUGGACUAUGCUGAUCUCCCAUAUGAGGACAUCAAGCUGAACAGUACCGUUCUCCACUGGCCAGAUGAAAUCGAGAUCAUCUUUGACACCAGCAGGAAUCAGCUGAUGAACAGAAGGGAUCACGUCGAGCUCACGCUGAUUAAAAGGUGCUCUGAGUUUGAGGCUAUCCUGGAAGGCUACAGCCGAGAAGUGGACAGUUUCCGCAAGAAGGACGUCAUGACGAUGGAAGAAAUGAAGAACAACGUGGAGAAGUUCCGCGAGCUGGAGAAGAAUCUGGAGCACGCGCUGAGCGAAUACGAAGCUAUUAAUAAGGAAGAGGAGCUGCUAGAACGAGAGAAGAGUCAGUUUCCUCUGCUGCGGACCAUAAUUGCAAACAAGCAGCCGUUUGAGCAGCUUUGGGUGACAGCGUAUAAUUUCACUGUAAAAUCUGAGGAAUGGAUGAAUGGACCUCUCCAGGAGUUGAAUGCCGAGGAAAUCACCGAGGAGGUGGGAAACAUGUGGAGGACCAUGUACAAGCUGACGAAGUCCUUGGCCGAUCUGCCGGGGCCGAAGCGUCUAGCGGAGAACGUGAAGUUUAAAAUCGACAAGUUCAAGCAGCACCUGCCGGUCCUCUCAAUUGCCUGCAACCGUGGGAUGAAGGACAGGCACUGGGAUCAGAUCAGCGACAUCAUCGGCUACGAGAUCAGGCCCGACGAAACGACUUCUCUCGUAAACAUGCUGGAGUACGGGCUCUCAAAGUAUAUCGAGAAAUUGGAGCCAAUCGGGGCAGCGGCUAGCAAGGAGUACUCCUUAGAGAAGAACAUGGAGAAGAUGAAAAUGGAAUGGGUUAACAUACACUUCAGUUUUGUCAAGUAUCGGGACACGGACACCAGCAUCCUGUCUGCCAUCGACGACAUCCAGCUCUUGCUUGACGAUCACAUUGUCAAGACCCAGACGAUGUGCGGCUCUCCGUUUAUCAAGCCGAUAGAAGCGGAAUGCCGGAGGUGGGAAGAGAAACUCGUCCUGAUGCAGGAGAUUCUGGACAACUGGCUGAAAUGCCAGGCGACCUGGCUUUACUUGGAGCCCAUCUUCAGCUCCGAGGACAUCAUUGCUCAAAUGCCAGAGGAGGGCCGAAAGUUUGGAAUCGUCGACGGUUACUGGAAAGACAUAAUGACUCAAGCAGUGAAAGAUACCAGAGUCCUUAUUGCAACCGAACAGCCGAGGAUGCUGGACAGGCUCCGGGAAGCAAAUAUGCUUUUGGAAGAUAUCCAGAAGGGUCUGAAUACCUACCUGGAAAAGAAAAGGUUGUUUUUUCCAAGGUUCUUCUUCCUUUCCAACGACGAGCUGCUGGAGAUUUUGUCCGAAACGAAAGACCCCCUGCGAGUCCAGCCGCAUUUGAAGAAGUGCUUUGAGGGAAUUGCUAAACUGGAGUUCACGGAGGACAUGGAGAUUACAGGCAUGAUCAGUUCGGAGAAGGAAACCGUCCCUUUCAUAAAGAAGAUCUACCCAGCUCAUGCCAAAGGCAUGGUUGAAAAAUGGUUGUUGCAAGUCGAAGAAAUGAUGCUGUCCAGUAUCAGACAUGUCAUACAAGAUGGCAUUGGAGGGUAUGUUCAGGUUCCUCGCAAAACGUGGGUACUGCAGUGGCCCGGGCAGAUAGUUAUCUCUGUGUCAUCGAUCUUCUGGACAAAGGAAGUGUCAGAAGCCAUAUCAGAAAGGACAUUACCUAAUUUCUUGGAGAAAAGCAACAUUCAGAUCGGAGAAAUCGUUGAACUGGUCCGAGGGAAGCUGUCGAGCGGAGCCCGGCUGACCAUGGGGGCGCUGACCGUCAUCGAUGUGCAUGCACGUGACGUCGUGGCCAAGCUGGCCGAAGACAAAAUUUCAGACCUGAACGAUUUUCAGUGGAUCUCCCAGCUGAGAUAUUACUGGGAAGGGGGCGAAGUGAUGGUCCGGAUGAUCACGACCGAAGCCAGAUACGGCUACGAGUACCUGGGCAACUCCUUGCGCUUGGUGAUCACGCCGCUCACCGAUCGAUGCUAUAGGACGUUGAUGGGAGCUCUGAAGCUGAACCUGGGAGGUGCUCCAGAAGGACCGGCAGGGACGGGCAAAACUGAAACGACCAAAGACCUCGCCAAAGCACUGGCUAAGCAGUGCGUCGUCUUCAAUUGCUCCGACGGGCUCGAUUACAAAGCCAUGGGCAAGUUCUUUAAAGGGCUGGCCCAAGCCGGCGCCUGGGCCUGCUUCGACGAGUUCAACCGGAUCGAGGUGGAAGUGCUGUCUGUCGUGGCUCAGCAGAUCCUCAGCAUCCAGCAGGCCAUUAUCCGGAAGCUCAGGACGUUCCUCUUUGAAGGCACCGAGAUUUCCCUGAAUCCGACCUGCGCUGUGUUCAUCACGAUGAAUCCUGGGUAUGCUGGACGGGCAGAACUUCCUGAUAACUUGAAGGCAUUAUUCCGCACAGUCGCCAUGAUGGUCCCGGAUUAUGCUCUGAUUGGUGAAAUUUCACUUUAUUCCAUGGGAUUCCUUGACUCGAGGAGCCUUGCCCAAAAAAUAGUUGCCACCUACCGCCUUUGCUCUGAGCAGUUAUCUUCUCAGCAUCACUAUGACUACGGAAUGCGUGCCGUGAAAUCGGUCCUGACAGCAGCGGGGAACUUGAAACUAAAGUACCCGGACGAAAACGAAAGCGUCUUGCUGCUUAGGGCGUUGCUGGAUGUCAACUUAGCGAAAUUCCUGGCUCAGGAUGUCCCCCUGUUUCAGGGUAUCAUAUCGGAUUUGUUUCCCGGCGUGGUCCUUCCGAAACCAGAUUAUGAGCGUUUCAUACAGGCCCUGAACAACAGUAUUAAAAAAAUGAAUCUUCAGGCAGUUCCAUGGUUUAUUGGAAAGAUUAUUCAGAUUUAUGAAAUGAUGAUGGUGCGUCACGGCUACAUGAUCGUGGGGGACGCCAUGGGGGGCAAGACCAGCGCCUACAAAGUGUUGGCCGCGGGACUCAGCGAACUGAGCCAAGACAGUUCCACGGGGGAGUCUGCUGUCGAGUACAGGAUCAUUAACCCCAAAGCAAUCACUAUGGGGCAGCUUUACGGGUGUUUCGACCCCGUGAGCCACGAGUGGACCGACGGCAUCCUGGCCAACACCUUCCGAGAACAGGCUUGCUCUACAACCGAGGACCGGAAGUGGAUUGUCUUCGACGGUCCUGUGGAUGCUGUUUGGAUAGAGAAUAUGAACACAGUCCUGGAUGAUAACAAGAAGCUCUGUUUAAUGAGUGGGGAAAUAAUUCAGAUGAGUGCUCAUAUGAGCCUGAUGUUCGAGCCCGAAGAUCUGGAGCAGGCGUCCCCAGCGACUGUCAGCAGGUGUGGCAUGAUCUAUAUGGAGCCCCACCAGCUGGGCUGGAAGCCCCUGAAGGAUUCUUACAUGAACACGCUGCCAUCGAACUUGCAGGGGACUCACAUCGAACUGAUCAACGACUUGUUUCUGUGGCUGGUUCAGCCUUCCUUGGAUUUCAUUCGCCAUCACUGCAGGGUCUUUGUACAGACGUCGCCCAUCCACUUGGCCUUUACCAUGAUGAAACUGUACACCUGCUUGCUCGAUGAAAUAAACCAAUCGGGCGAAGAAGAAGGAGAGACCAUGUCCAGUCAGCAGAUCUUUUUGUGGCUUCAGGGGCUCUUCCUUUUCGCCUUGGUCUGGACUGUCGCGGGUACCAUCAACACCGAGGGCAGGAAGAAGUUCGACCUCUUUUUCCGAAAUAUCUUAAUGGGAGCGGACGACAACAACCCCCGCCCCAAAAGUGUGAAGUUAACCAAGAACAAUAUAUUUCCAGAAAGAGGGACCAUCUUUGACUUCUAUUUUCAUAAGCAAGCCAGCGGGCAGUGGAACAUGUGGACGGAGUACAUCACGAAGGAGGAGCAGACUAUCGCGGCUGGGACAAAGGUCUCUGAACUUAUCAUCCCGACCAUGGAAACAGCCAGGCAGACUUUUUUCCUGAAAACCUACGUGGAACAUAACAUCCCCAUGCUGUUUGUGGGACCCACCGGCACGGGGAAAUCGGCCAUCACGAACAGUUUUCUGGUCCAGCUCCCAAAGACCAAAUACAUCCCGAAUGUCAUCAAUUUCUCAGCCAGAACCUCAGCGAACCAGACCCAGGAUAUCAUUAUGUCGAAGCUGGACAGGAGGAGAAAGGGACUUUUUGGGCCUCCGGUGGGGAAGAAAGCCAUUGUGUUUGUGGACGACUUAAACAUGCCGGCAAAGGAGGUCUACGGAGCUCAGCCGCCCAUCGAGAUCCUCAGGCAAUGGAUCGAUCAUGGCCAUUGGUAUGACAAGAAGGACACGUCGAGGCUGGACAUAGUUGACCUCCUGAUUGUGGCAGCGAUGGGACCUCCGGGCGGCGGCAGGAACGAUAUUACGGCCCGUUUCACACGGCACUUGAACAUCGUUUCCAUCAGCGCCUUUGACGACGAGAUUCUGACCAAGAUUUUCACGUCGAUUGCCGACUGGCACUUCGGCAAAGGAUUCGACGUCUCAUUCUUAAGGCUCGGCAAAAUGAUGGUCCAGGCGACGAUGAAUAUUUACAAGCUGGCUGUGGAAAACUUCCUCCCGACUCCUUCCAAGUCGCACUACGUCUUCAACCUGCGCGACUUCUCCCGCGUGAUCCGAGGCGUGCUGCUGUGUCCCCACACUCACUUGCAGGAUGGAGAGAAACUAAUCAGGCUGUGGAUUCACGAAGUUUAUCGCGUCUUCUACGACCGCUUAAUCGAUGCAGAAGACAGACAGGUGUUCUUUAACAUGGUGAAAGAGACAACUUCUAACUGCUUCAAGCAGAGCGUUGAAAAGGUACUAAGUCAUUUGUCACCGACCGGGAAGAUCAAGGAUGACAAUAUCCGAAGCCUGUUCUUCGGCGACUACUUCAAGCCCUCCAGCGACGCAAAAAUCUACGACGAAAUCACGGACUUGAAGCAGCUGACGUCGGUCAUGGAAUACUACCUGGAGGAGUUCAACAAUAUCAGCAAGGCGCCCAUGUCCCUGGUCAUGUUCAAAUUUGCCAUUGAGCAUGUCUCGAGGAUAUGCCGGGUGCUGAAGCAGGACAAUGGCCACUUGCUCUUGGUUGGCAUCGGCGGGAGCGGCCGGCAGAGCGCCACCAAGCUGGCAACCUUCAUGAACGCCUUCGAGAUCUUCAUGAUUGAGAUCACCAAGUUCUACAGCACGAACGACUGGCGGGAGGACAUCAAGAAGGUCAUGUUGCAGUCGGGGGUGGCCAGCAAGAGCACCGUCUUCCUGUUCUGCGACAACCAGAUCAAGGACGAGUCCUACGUGGAGGACAUCAACAUGCUGCUGAACACUGGCGACGUGCCCAACAUCUUCGCGGCGGACGAGAAGGCCGACAUCGUCGAGAAAAUGCAGAGCGCAGCGAGGACGGAAGGCCGGAGGAUCGACGCCACCCCUUUGGCCAUGUACAACUACUUUAUCGAGCGGGUGAAGAAGAAUUUGCAUAUUGUUUUAGCAAUGAGCCCAAUUGGAGACGCGUUCCGUAAUCGCUUGAGAAUGUUCCCUUCUCUGAUCAACUGCUGCACCAUCGAUUGGUUUCAAACCUGGCCCAAGGAUGCUCUGGAAAUGGUAGCCAACAAGUUCUUAGAGGAUGUGAAGCUAGAAGACGAAAUUAGAAAAUCGGUCGUGUGGAUGUGCAAAUACUUCCAGGAGAGUGUGAGAGAGCUGUCCGUCAGCUAUUACAGUGUUCUUCGGAGGCACAACUACGUCACGCCAACGUCCUACCUGGAACUGAUUCUGACCUUCAAGGCGCUCCUGAAUAGCAAAAGGCUGGAAGUCGAUACAAUGAGGAAUCGUUACCUGGUGGGACUCCAGAAACUGGAUUUUGCAGCUUCCCAGGUAGCUGAAAUGCAAAAAGAGCUGACGGCUCUCCAGCCCGAGCUGAUCCAGACCUCUGCUGAAACGGAGAAAAUGAUGGUCCACAUCGAAUCGGAAACGGUCGAGGUGGACGCAAAGAAGGAGCUGGUGGCGGCCGACGAAAAGGAGGCCAACGAUGCAGCAGCCGUCGCCCAAGGCAUCAAGGAAGAAUGUGAAGGGGACCUCGCGGAGGCCAUGCCAGCUCUGGAGGCGGCCCUCUCGGCUCUCGACACUCUGAACCCCUCAGACAUCUCCCUCGUGAAAUCCAUGCAGAACCCUCCAGGCCCCGUCAAGCUUGUCAUGGAGAGUAUUUGCGUCAUGAAAGGAAUAAAACCGGAGAGGAAGCCUGAUCCAAGUGGAAGCGGUAAAAUGAUAGAAGACUAUUGGGGUAAUUCUAAAAAGCUUCUUGGAGAUCUGAAGUUCCUCGAGGGCCUAAAGACGUAUGACAAAGAUAACAUUCCACUGGCAGUCAUGAAAAGGAUCCGAGAGAGGUUUAUCAAUCACCCAGACUUCCAGCCCACCGUCAUUAAAAACGUGUCGUCAGCCUGCGAAGGUCUAUGCAAGUGGGUUAGAGCCAUGGAGGUGUACGAUCGCGUCGCAAAGGUGGUGGCCCCGAAACGUGAACGGCUGAAGGAGGCAGAAGGUUUGCUCGCAAUACAGAUGCAGAAACUGAACACGAAGCGUGCGGAACUGAAGAACGUGAUCGACCGUCUGCAGGCGCUGAAUGACGAGUUUGAGCGGAUGAACAACCGGAAGAUAGGGCUCGAGCAAAACAUCGAGAUAUGCUCUCAGAAGCUGAUACGGGCUGAAAAGUUGAUCAGUGGCUUGGGAGGAGAGAAGGACCGGUGGACAGAAGCAGCCCGUUUAUUGGGUAUCCGAUACACAGACCUUACUGGGGAUGUCUUGUUGUCUUCAGGCACCGUGGCAUAUUUGGGAGCCUUUACAGUCGAUUACCGUCUUGAGUGUCAGAAGAAAUGGCUCACAUUGUGCAAAGAGAAGGAAAUCCCAUGCUCCAAUGACUUCAGCCUCAGUAACACUUUGGGGGAUCCGGUCAAAAUCCGUGCCUGGCAGAUUGCCGGACUGCCGAUCGAUUCCUUUUCCAUUGACAAUGGUAUCAUUGUUUCCAACUCGAGGCGUUGGGCUUUAAUGAUCGAUCCUCAAGGGCAAGCCAACAAGUGGGUCAAGAAUAUGGAAAAGGGCAACAAGCUGUCUGUCAUCAAGUUGUCCGACACCAACUACGUUAGGACACUGGAAAAUGCAAUCCAGUUUGGGACCCCGGUCUUGCUUGAAAAUAUUGCCGAGGAGCUAGAUGCUUUCUUGGAGCCUGUGUUGCUGAAAACAACUUUCAAGCAGCAAGGGGUCGAGUACAUGAGACUCGGAGAAAACAUUAUCGAGUUCUCAAAAGAUUUCAAGCUUUACAUCACAACUCGCUUAAGGAACCCUCAUUAUCUUCCUGAGGUGGCGGUGAAAGUUUGCCUGCUCAAUUUCAUGAUCACACCUUUGGGGCUUCAGGACCAGCUUCUCGGGAUCGUGGCCGCCAAGGAAAAACCCAAGCUGGAAGAGAAGAAGAACAAACUGAUUGUUGAAAGUGCUGCGAACAAGAAACAGCUGAAGGAGAUAGAAGAUAAGAUCCUUGAAGUCCUUUCCAAGUCGGAAGGGAAUAUCUUGGAAGACGAGACGGCAAUUAAGGUCCUGUCUUCCUCCAAAGAGUUGUCGGAAGAAAUCUCCGAGAAGCAGGAAAUCGCCACAGUCACCGAGAUGGAAAUAGAUGACACUCGAAUGGGUUAUAAACCUGUAGCCAUUCAUUCGGCAAUCAUCUUUUUCUGCAUUUCUGAUCUGGCAAACAUUGAGCCGAUGUAUCAAUAUUCCUUGACUUGGUUUAUUAACUUGUACAUGCUGUCUGUGGCAAAUAGCAGGCAAAGCGAGGUUCUGGAAGAGAGAAUCGACAACAUUAUCCAACACUUCACAGUGAGCAUCUACAACAACGUCUGCCGAUCCCUCUUUGAGAAGGACAAACUUCUUUUCUCCCUCCUCUUGACCAUCGGCAUAAUGAAAGGGAGAGAUGAGGUCGACGACGAAGUGUGGCGUUUCUUACUAACAGGAGGGGUUGCUCUGGACAAUCCUUAUCCCAACCCUGCUCCAGAGUGGCUGUCUGAAAAAUCCUGGGCGGAAAUCGUUCGUGCGUCGGGUCUCAACAAUUUGCACGGGCUGAUGGAUCAUGUUGAAUCUAACAUCGCGGAGUGGAAAGCGAUUUACGACUCUGCCAAGCCACACGAGGAGCAAUUCCCCGGUGACUGGCACCUGAUCACGGGCCUUGGUCGCUUGGUCAUCCUCCGUUGUCUGAGACCAGAUAAAAUCAUUCCAGCGACCCAAGAAUUCAUCUCGAACAAUAUGGGAAGAACAUACAUUGAACCACCUACUUUUGACCUCUCUGGAAGUUACAAUGACUCCAAUUGCUGCGCUCCUCUGAUUUUCGUAUUGUCUCCAGGCGCUGACCCCAUGGCAGGAUUGUUGAAGUUUGCUGACGACCUGGGCAUGGAAAGCAUUCAGACCAUUUCCCUUGGCCAAGGCCAAGGCCCCAUCGCGGCCAAAAUGAUUGACAAGGCCAUCGUUGACGGGACGUGGGUCGUGCUGCAGAACUGCCAUCUGGCCACCAGCUGGAUGCCGGCUUUGGAGAAAAUCUGUGAAGAAGUCAUAGUGCCCGAGAAUACCCACGGGAAAUUCAGAUUGUGGCUCACCAGUUAUCCGUCUGAGAAGUUUCCCGUCAGCAUUCUCCAAAACGGGGUAAAAAUGACCAACGAGCCACCAAAGGGCGUUAGAGCAAAUCUCCUCCGGUCGUACCUCAACGACCCGAUUUCCGACCCCACCUUCUUUAACAGUUGCGAAAAGAAAGAGAUGUGGCAGAAGCUGCUCUUUGGGCUGUGCUUUUUCCAUGCGCUGGUGCAAGAAAGAAGAAACUUCGGCCCUUUGGGUUGGAACAUUCCGUAUGAGUUCAACGAGUCCGACCUCAGAAUCAGCAUGCGGCAGAUCCAGAUGUUUUUGAAUGAAUACGAAGAGGUCCCGUUUGAAGCUCUGACCUAUCUAACAGGGGAAUGUAACUACGGUGGGAGAGUAACUGAUGAUAAGGACCGACGCCUCCUUCUCUCCCUUCUUUCUAUCGUCUACUGCAAAGAUAUAGAAGUCCAGGAGAAAUACAAGCUUUCUCCCGAAGAGGACUAUUAUAUACCGCCCUUCGGGACAUACCAGUCUUACAUAGAUUACUUGCGGAGCCUGCCAAUCACGACCCACCCUGGAGUCUUCGGUCUGCACGAGAAUGCAGAUAUCACCAAGGAUAACCAAGAAACCAACCUGCUUUUCAGCAGCAUCUUGUUGACUCUGCCCAGGCAAGCAGGGGGAGGAGGCAAAUCCCCGCAGGAAACUGUUGAGGAAUUGGCACAGGAUAUCCUUUCCAAGCUACCGAACGAUUUUGACUUGGAAAGUGUGAUGGCAAAGUAUCCGGUGCUUUACCAGGAGUCCAUGAAUACGGUCCUGAGGCAAGAACUGAUCAGAUUCAACAGGCUUACCGAGGUCGUGCGGAGCAGCCUGAUCAGCCUGGGCAAAGCCAUCAAGGGCCAAGUGCUGAUGUCUUCGGAGCUGGAGGAUGUCUUCAACAGCAUGCUGGUUGGCAAAGUGCCGCCGAUGUGGGCGGCCAAGUCCUACCCAUCGCUGAAGCCGAUGGGGAGUUACGUCUCUGACCUCCUCACGCGGCUGGCCUUCUUCCAGGAUUGGAUCAACCAUGGACCCCCGAAUGUGUUUUGGAUAUCCGGGUUCUACUUUACUCAGUCUUUUUUGACGGGCGUUUCGCAGAACUAUGCUAGAAAAUACACCAUCCCAAUUGAUCAUAUUGGAUUUGAAUUUGAGAUGACCAGGCAGGAGCACAGCAUGGAGGCCAUGCCCGAAGAUGGGGCCUACGUGAAAGGACUUUUCCUGGAAGGGGCCCGGUGGGACCGGGAAACCAUGAACAUUGGCGAGUCUUCCCCCAAAAUCCUUUACGAUUCUCUGCCCAUCAUUUGGCUGAAACCUGGAGAGAGCUCGACCUUCCUGCAUGCGGGGAUAUACACAUGCCCGGUCUACAAAACCAGCGCCCGGAGAGGCACCUUAUCUACCACGGGGCACUCCACGAAUUACGUCCUCUCCAUUGAGAUUCCCUCGGACCUUCCUCAGAAGCACUGGAUCAAUCGGGGAGUGGCGGCGCUUUGCCAGCUAGAUGACUGA